AGGAAGCUGCUAUAUGUUUAGCUUAUCUUACUACAAAUGCAACUCAAAGAUUUCAAGCUACUGUUGCUGCAAACGCAACAGGGUACUUUGAUUCGUUACUACAAGAAAUUUCUGACAAAUUACCGGUCCGACGUGAACGUCUAACUGUCCCCGAUGGAAGCUAUCAGUAUGUUCAGAAUGGACCUGAUAUAAGAGUUCAAUUUUCUAUCCGCGUAAAUAUGACAAAUAAAAAAUCACCUGAAAAUUCUGUUCCGGGAGUGGUAUCAGAUUUAGAUAAUAUGAUUACAUAUAAGAGUAUCACUACUUUCUCCAGUGGUUUAACAAAUGAUUUGGAUCAGACUUAUGGCUUUAAAUCGAGUGGUGGUUUAUGGGGAGAUCAUAAAGGACAACUUAUACCUAUUUUUCUGGCUUUUGGAUUGAAUAUAUUGCUUUACGGCUAUUCUCUUAAAAACACUAAACAUGAUUUUGAAGACGAGGAAGAUUUGCCUGAAGAAAAAGAAGAAGAUCUUGCAGGAACGCUCAACUUUAUUACAGGCGGAUUAUUAGUUGGCGCUCAUUCUGGUCUUACAACUACAUUUACUUUUAGUGAUUCUAACAGUAAACCAGAGUUUAGCAUACCAAGAAAAGGAUUCGAUAAAAAAUCUCUGGACUUAAAGAAAUAUGCAUUAAUUGCGUUUUCAUUAUAUAAUAGUGAUACUAAUUUAAUUGUAACAAAUAUAACUGAAAUAUUUAAUAAAGAUUUUAAGGCUACAAUUAAAUAUAGAGCUUUUGCUGAUAUCUUUAUUAAAAAUGUCCCACAACUAGUUAUUCAGAUUAUAUAUUUUCGUUUCAUUGUUACUUAUAGUAUUAUUCCGUUUUGUACACUAUGUUCAACUGUAAUUAUGAUCCUUAUUACGAGUAUUCAAUCAGCACUCGAAAUAUUUGGACUAGGAAUGAAAAAAAAAAGAGUAGAUCUAAAUGGUAUAAAAAAAAUAGUUGAUGAUGGAAAUGGUAUAUUUAAAGAUGGAAAGCAUAUGUUUGAUGAAAUUAUGGAUGAUGGAAAGCAAAAAUUUGAAAAUGGAAAGCAAAAAUUUAAUGAUGGAAAGCAAAAAUUUGAUGAUGGAAAGCAAGAAAUGAUGGAUGAUGGAAAAGAAAAGAUUAAAUCAGAAAAUCAAAUUUAG